GCAUCGAGAUCGCCGGUUUUAGGCCUGCCGAGAACCCGUUCAGGCGCGACGAAAGAAAACAUGUCGUCCUCGGGCGAUUUCGGUAAUCCAUUGCGGAAGUUCAAGCUUGUCUUUCUGGGCGAGCAAAGCGUUGGGAAAACAUCUCUUAUUACACGGUUUAUGUAUGACAGUUUUGACAACACAUACCAGGCUACGAUAGGUAUAGAUUUCUUAAGCAAAACUAUGUAUCUUGAAGACAGAACCGUGAGACUACAACUAUGGGAUACAGCGGGACAAGAACGGUUCCGUUCUUUGAUACCUAGUUACAUCAGAGAUUCUACUGUCGCGGUCGUUGUUUACGAUAUUACUAACGCCAACUCGUUUCACCAAACAUCCAAGUGGAUAGACGAUGUGCGGACUGAAAGAGGAAGUGAUGUGAUAAUUAUGUUAGUGGGCAAUAAAACUGAUUUGAGUGAUAAGAGGCAAGUUUCAACGGAAGAGGGCGAGCGAAAAGCGAAAGAACUAAAUGUGAUGUUCAUCGAAACUAGUGCUAAGGCUGGCUACAAUGUUAAACAGCUAUUUAGAAGAGUAGCGGCGGCUCUACCGGGUAUGGACUCCACCGAAAAUAAGCCUCCCGAAGACAUGCAAGAGGUAGUGCUCAAGGACACGCCAAUCGAACUGAAAGCCUCGGAGAGCAGUUGUGCAUGCUAAGUCGUCGUCGGCCUGUACGGUAGCAGGGUAUCGAAUCGAAUCGAAUCACAAAGUUUUAAUAAUUUCUAAAUAGGGUUUGAACCGUCUCAGAUCGUUCUGGAGCGGUUUAGGGACUUUUUUUAGGAAUGCAAACCAAUUUUCCAAGGAGAUUUCUAAGAAAAUUGUUUUUCGAUUAUUCUUUUUUA